AUGGAGUUCAGUGAUGGUUUUGCAUCAUGUGAGCAUCGGGAGCUUGUCCGAUCUGCUUCAGAGAGUGCAGAUCCAUUAUCUGUUACUCCGUUGCAGACGUCGUCAGUGUCUCCAAAAUCUCCAAGAUCCUCCCCCAAAUCUCCAAGUUCCCCAGUGGCACAUGCCAAACCAGCAAGUCCAAGCAAGGGAAGUCCACUAAAGCAUGAUAGACAUUCGCAUUCCCCUAACGAUGGAUGCCCUAAAAAAGGUGGAUCAGGAGGCAAAGGUACCUGGGGAGGGUUAAUGGACAGCGAUGAUUGUUCUAUCCUUGAUCCUAAUGACCCGAACUAUGACAGUAGCGAGGAUUGUGAAAAUUCAAGUGCCAUAAGAAAGACUGCUGAUUUUGAUGAGUUCAGAAAGAAAACUACAAUAAUUGUGGAGGAGUACUUUGCGAAUGACGAUGUUGUCUCGACAGCUAAUGAAUUGAGAGAACUUGGAAUGCCAGUCUAUAACUACUACUUCGUCAAGAAACUUGUAUCUACUGCAAUGGAUCGGAAUGACAAAGAGAAGGAGAUGGCUGGUGUUCUACUAUCAGCUCUCUAUGCCAAUAUCAUUGAUUCUCAGCAGGUUUACCGAGGCUUCACUAAAUUGGUGGAAUCUGCUGAUGACUUGAUUGUAGACAUACCUGAUGCAGUUGAUAUUCUUGCAUUGUUCAUAGCUCGAGCUGUGGUGGAUGAGAUACUUCCACCUGCAUUUUUGAAGAAACAAAUGGAUUGUUUACCAAAAGGUUCAAAGGGUGUUGACGUACUGAAGAGGGCAGAGAAGGGUUAUCUGGCAGCCCCUUUACAUGCUGAAAUAAUUGAGCGACGAUGGGGAGGUAGUAAGAGUAACUCGGUUGAGGAUGUGAAAGUGAGGAUUAACAAUCUGUUGAUAGAAUAUGUGGCGAGUAAAGAUAAGAAAGAAGCUUGCAGGUGCAUCAAGGAUUUGAAAGUUCCUUUCUUCCACCAUGAGAUAGUAAAACGAGCUCUUAUAAAGGCAAUGGAGAAGCCGCAAGCUGAAGGCCUGCUACUAGACUUGCUCAAAGAAGCUGCUGAAGAAGGUUUAAUAAACACAAGUCAAAUAUCAAAAGGGUUUGGUCGGAUGAUCGACAUGGUUGAUGAUUUAUCACUUGACAUACCAAAUGCAAGAGCGAUGCUGCGAUCCUUGAUUUCCAAGGCAGCAUCAGAGGGCUGGUUGUGUGCUUCAUCUUUAAAGUCACUCUCAGUAGCGCCAGUAAAGCCAUCAUUAGAAGACAGUGUCGCCAAGAUUUUUAAGUUGAAGGCUCAGUCUAUUAUUCAAGAAUAUUUUCUUACUGGUGAUAUUUUAGAGGUCAGUAGUUGUCUAGAAUCAGAAAAUACUACAUGUUCAGCUGAACUGAAUGCUAUCUUUGUGAAGAGACUAAUAACUCUAGUAAUGGACAGAAAGAAUAGAGAGAAGGAAAUGGCAUCUGUUUUGUUGUCAUCUUUGUGUUUUCCAGCAGAUGAUAUUGUUAACGGGUUUACGAUGUUGAUAGAAUCUGCAGAUGACACUGCUCUUGAUAAUCCUGUUGUUGUUGAAGAUCUUGCUAUGUUUGUAGCUCGAGCAGUGGUCGAUGAAGUGUUGGCUCCACAACAUUUGGAGGAGAUUGCAACCCAGUUUUCCGGGCCAGAUUCGAUUGGAAGCAAAGUCCUCCAAAUGGCAAAGUCGUUGUUAAAGGCUCGACUUUCAGGGGAGAGGAUCUUGAGGUGUUGGGGUGGUGGAGGAAGCAGCAAGCCUGGAUGGGCUGUUGAGGAUGUCAAGGAAAAAAUUGAGAAGUUGUUGGAGGAGUAUGAAUCUGGAGGGGAUGCAAGGGAAGCUUGUCGCUGCAUUAAGGAAUUAGGCAUGCCAUUUUUUCACCACGAGGUCGUCAAGAAAGCGUUGGUGACAGUAAUAGAGAAAAAGAAUGACAAGCUAUGGAGUUUGCUCGAUAAAGGCUUCAGUUCAGGACUCAUAACCAUGUAUCAGAUGACGAAGGGUUUCGGGAGAUUAGGUGAUUCUCUAGAUGACCUGGCUCUGGAUGUGCCUGAUGCUGAGAAACAGUUCAUACAUUAUGUUGACAAAGCAAGAACUAUAGGAUGGUUAGAUAAUUCUUUCACUUUCAACAAAUCUGGAGAUGGAAAGGAGAAUGUAAUCUGCCUAUGAUAAUCUGUAUGUAUCCUUAGUAAACCAAAAUAUAUUUUACUUGUAUUAGUUGAACAAACUACUUCUUCA